AUGCUUCCAACAACGGCCACGACCCUUUCAAUAUGGGACAACUACCGCAGGAAGAGAGAGAACAUAUCGCCUCUAGCACCAGCAACCCCCAUAGAAGCAGUACGACAACAUAUCCCAAACUUCAACCACAAACUCUGGCUCCGACACGGUGUUCUCACACUGUCGCAAGUACUACAGGGCGACAGCCUCAAACCAUUCCCUGACAUCUGCCGAGAGUUCAAAAUGCCUAUGAUCGCAAACUUCUCCUACAAUCAACUACAAUCUUGGACAAACCUCCACAAACCAAGAAGACACAAGAACCCACCGGAUCCACACUGGUUUAAAAUAACAGAAAUAUGCACAAAGACAAAACCGGCAAAAAAACUCAUCUCAUUGAUCUAUACCUCAGAACACAUAGACACUCAAGCAAAGCCCACAUCAUUCCAAGAAAAUUGGGAACGAGAUCUAGGAUACAAACUUACAGAUGAGAAAUGGCUGGAUAUUUUCCAAGCGAACAAAAAAAUGACCCUCUGCAUGUCACACAUGGAACUCUCACGUAAACUUCUCUACCGUUGGUAUCUAGUCCCCACGAAACUAAAACAUUGCUAUCCCACAGCAUCCGACACAUGCUGGCGUUGCCAAAGAGACCGAGGAACCUUCCUACACAUAUGGUGGCAAUGCCCACUCCUACAACAGUACUGGACACAAGUCCUAGAUUUAACGAAACGAUGCACCCAGACACACAUUCCCCAGACACCGGAGCUAUUCCUAUUGCUCCUGCUCCCCCAAACACCCCAAACCCACACCAAAUAUCUGCUAUACCACAUCUGUAUAGCAGCCCUCACUGUCAUAAGCAGGAAGUGGAAACAAACAACCGCCCCAACGAUCCACCAAUGCAUUGAGGCGGUGGAAACGAACAAGGCUUAUGAAAAUGCAGCACGGAAAUCCAGACGGAGCGAACCCUUCUGGACCAAAGCAUGGGCCCUAUGGGACAAAACCAAACCAGCUGACCCACAAGACAUCCACAAGCCAUGCGACCAAGACAACGCACCUCCCCGACUGGAGGAACACGUAACUCCCACACCCUGA